AUGAGAUUCUUCACAUCGGCGGCCGUCGUCGCUUUGGCGGCACAGUCUGUCGUUGCAGAUGGCUGGUUUGGCAAGGCCGCGUACGACAAGUGGCACCAGACCGAGCUCGAGCGAUGGCUGUCCGAUCACGACAUCCCCUACCCGGCUGCCUCAGACCGUAAGGACAUUCAAGACCUUGUGGCCAAGCACUGGGAGAACAAUGUGGUGAAGCCAUACAACGCCUGGGAUACCCACCAGCUCCAGAACUACUUGAGCGCCAAGGGUCAAGAGGUCAAGAAGGGCACCGAGAAGAGCAAGGACAGCCUCAUCCAGCAAGUCGAGGGCUUGUGGCACGAGACCGCAGAUAAGGCUAAUGAUGCCUACUCCAAUGUUCAGGAUUGGAUCUUCGACACCUGGACUGAGUCUCAGCUCAAGGCCUUCCUCGACUACCAUAACAUUCCGAACCCAUCACCACGCACUCGCGACUCCCUUCUCCACACUGCCCGCGCCAACUAUCAGAAGGUCGCUGACAAGGCAGGCGAGACUGCUGCUUACCCCGGCAACUGGCUCUACCACGCUUGGUCUGACUCUGAGCUCAAGGCAUGGCUCGAUGAGCGUGGUGUCCCAGUCCCACAGCCAAGCACUCGCGACAAGCUUGUUGCAUCGCUCCGCCGCAACUCUAGACUCGCUGCCAACCGAGCUGCUCAGGAGUACGCCUCUGCUUCCAAGUCUGCCGCCGCUGCUCAGCAGUCUCUGAGCGACCAGCUGCUCGAGAGCUGGAGCGACAGCCAGAUCAAGGAGUGGUUCGACAGCAACGGCAUCAAGGUGCCACAGGGUAGCAAGCGUAACGAGCUUAUUGCUCUUGCUCGCAAGCACUCUGCGCAGCUCAGCGGUAAUAACGCCAAGGCAUCCGCUGCCUCAGCGUACGGUGCCGCCACCUCCAGCGCCGGCAACUACUACGCUCAGGGUACAGACGAGGCCUAUGGCGCCUUCCGCUACUACUACGAUGUCAUUGCCAACCAACUUGGCUUCGCUUCCGCUGAGGCCCAGAAGAGCCUGAGCUCCGCAUCUGCCGAGGCUUCCAGGACUGCCAGCUCUCUCUCCUCCAAGGCCAGCGUUGACGCUUCCAAGUCCUCUAGCCUCGCCUCCAAGUCUGCUUCCAGUGCCUACAAGGACGCCUCUAAGAGCGCAGAGAGCGCGGCGAACAAGGCAGGAAAGGCUUACGACUCGGCCACCGAUGCUGCCAAGAAGGAGUUGUAG